AUGCACAGUGACGCUGGAUGGCGGGCUGCAGAUGUGAUGGGCGAGGCAGUGUUGGAGCCACAAGCAACAUCUGACGGACCGAGACACUACCAAGCUGUCAGGGCUGGAGGUUACACCACCUGUACUUCAGUUUGCUUUAGCGAUUCAAUUGGGGGACCCAGGCAAUGCAAGUGCCAGUGGCAGCCAUCACAUCUAAAAGGUACAGUGAGGUACCUAGCGCACGAACCUCUGGCCGUGCAUAUCACCCUCAGGGAUGCGGUUCUCUCCACUCCCUCGUGGCAAGGGGUAUUAGACUACGCAGUAGAGGCUGCGCGGAAGUCUUCUCAUGGGGACAUUCGUCUCAAGAUUCAAUACCGUAUGGAGCAUCCCAUUUACCACCCUGCCCGGUGGGUCAUUUCUAAGUACCUGAACGCGCCACACAUGCUCCGUUCCGCCGCUUUAGAACUUGUCUCGGCGGCAAAAGUGCUGAGAAUGUCUCCUAAGAGGAAACCACAUUCACCUGCGUCCUCUCGGGAUCAAAACCUCGAGCGCCAGUCCCUGGAAAUUUCCCAUCAAAGCUCAAAGUUAGGGAUACUCAUAGAAACUGACUGGGGGCCCUAG